UUGAGUUCAUACACCAUUCUCUUAUACACUUAAACAUUUCAAAAGAGUAGAGAUGGCCAUUGGAAUUGGUGAAAUAUGGUCACAAGUAGGUUCAAUUAUGGCUAGCAUAAUGUUUGUAUAUGCCAUGUUUGAUAAAUUCUUCCCACCUCAUCUUCGUGGAUAUUUUCUAAGAAACACAAACAAAUUCUCCACCCUUUUCUAUCCAUAUAUACAAAUUAAAUUCCAUGAAUUAUCCGGAGAGAGACUCAAACACAGCGAGACUUACAAAAUCAUCCAAACAUAUCUCAGUUCGAACUCAACACAAGGUGCUAAAAAACUCAAAGCCGAAGUUGUCAAAGAUAGCCAAACUCCCCUUGUUCUAAGCAUGGACGACAAUGAAGAGAUCGUCGACGAGUUCAAUGGAAUCAAAGUUUGGUGGUCUGCGAAUCACACCACUUCAAAAUCACAAUCGUUUUCUUAUUAUCCAGUUUCGGAGGAGAAAAGAUUCUUAACAUUAACCUUCCAUAAAAGAAACCGCGAUGUUAUAACAACCUCGUAUAUUCAACAUGUGUUGGAAGAAGGAAAGGCCAUUACGACGAAUAACAGGCAGUUAAAGCUUUACACCAAUAAUCCAAGCGAUGAUUGGUGGGGCUAUAAAAGCACGAAGUGGAGUCACACUAUAUUCGAGCACCCUGCGAGAUUUGAAACACUUGCAAUGGAGCCGGAGAAGAAAGACGAGAUCAUAAACGAUCUUGUUAAGUUUAAGAGAGGGAAAGAGUAUUAUGCAAAAGUCGGGAAAGCAUGGAAGCGCGGUUAUCUGCUUUUCGGUCCACCAGGGACCGGAAAAUCUACCAUGAUAUCUGCUAUUGCUAAUUUCAUGAACUAUGAUGUUUAUGAUCUUGAGUUAACAACUAUUAAGGAUAACAUCGAGUUGAAGAGACUGUUGAUUGAUACGUCGAGUAAAUCAAUUAUAGUUAUCGAAGAUAUUGAUUGUUCUCUUGACCUCACCGGACAAAGGAAGGAGAAAAAUGAGAAAGAUGAUGAUAAGAAUGAUGAAAAAAUGGAUCCUAUUAAAAAGGCUGAAAAAGAAGAGCAAAAGAAAAGUAAGGUAACUUUAUCUGGUUUGUUGAAUUUUAUAGAUGGAAUUUGGUCGGCAUGUGGAUCGGAGAGGAUCAUAAUCUUUACGACGAAUUUUGUGGACAAACUUGAUCCUGCUCUCAUUAGGAGAGGAAGGAUGGAUAAGCACAUAGAGAUGUCAUAUUGUGGCUAUGAAGCUUUCAAGGUUCUUGCAAGGAAUUACUUAGAUGUUGAGUCUCAUGAUGAGUUGUUUCCUGUUAUUGAAAAAUUGUUGGGAGAGAUUAAUAUGACACCUGCUGAUGUUGCUGAGAAUUUGAUGCCAAAGUCUAUUACAGAAGAUUAUGAGUCUUGUUUGAAGAAUUUGAUUCAAUCUCUUGAGAUUGAAAUGAAAAAGUUAGAGGAGGAGGCAGAGAAAGGUAAACAAGAAUUGAGUGAAGAGAAAGAAAAGGUUAAGGGUAAUGAAAAAUCAGCAGAAAAAGAAGUGAAGGAGAAUGGUGUCAUUCAUUGAUUUUGAAUGGAUUUGAUUUUAGUGGUCUAAAUAAUAUUUUUAAACUUUUAAAUAAAUUAGUUUUCAAGUUAAUCAUGUGUCACAUAUUUGAGGGAAUAAAUUGUCAGAGUAAGGUUGUGUUGUACUAAAAGAUCCCCCGUUAAGAGAAUUAGCUUUCCAUUUUCUA